CAUUUUUUUUAUUACUACUCGCUCAACAUUUUACAUUUACACACACACACACACACGCACAAAUUGUAUAAUUUUUACUUUCGGAAUUAUUAUUGUUUUAUUUUUUCAAACAAAAUCAAACAAAAAAGAUAAUUAAAUUAAUUUCUUGCAUGUACUUUGUAUGUUUGUCUUUGGACAAAUCGUUUUACCACCAAAUAUUUUUGUCUCUCUGUCUGAUUUUUGUCACCGAUUGCAUCAUAUCAUAUUCUCCAUCAUCAUCAUCAUCAUCAUACUACUAUGUCGUCUAGACAUUCGAUUUUAUCCGGAAUUCGAAAUAAUUCAUCAUCAACCGAUUUAAAUUGGUCAUUCGUUCAGGUAAAAGGAACAUUAGAAGAUGAAUUUAGUGAUGCCGAUUUAAUUUCAUGUGUGGAAUUCAAUUCCACCGGUCAAUUAUUGGCAUGUGGUGAUAAAGGUGGCAGAAUCGUUAUAUUCCAAGGGAAUGAGGGAAAGAAAACCACUGAAUAUGAUCUUUAUAGUACAUUUCAAAGUCAUGAAGCUGAAUUUGAUUAUCUUAAAAGUCUGGAAAUUGAAGAAAAAAUCAAUAAAAUUUGUUGGCUAGAUGAAUCAAAAACGGCGGCAAAUCAUUUCAUGUUGACCACAAAUGAUAAGACGAUAAAAUUAUGGAAAUUAUCCGAAAAAGAUAAACGUAUUGAUGAUAGUUUUUCAAAUAUUAACAGAAAUUUUAUUGGUGGCUGUGAUACGACUGAAUAUCCAGAAUUUGAUCAUACCGAAUUAAGGGUUCCUAAAAUGAUGGCCACCGAACCGACAAUUCGUUCGAAUCUUCGUCGCAUAUUUUCCAAUGCUCAUUCAUUUCAUAUCAAUUCUGUUUCUAUUAAUAGUGAUCAAGAAACAUUUAUAUCAUCGGAUGAAUUAAGAAUAAAUCUUUGGAAUCUAGAUAUUACCAAUGAAAGUUUUGUGAUUGUCGAUAUUAAACCAUCAAAUAUGGCCGAUUUAUCCGAAGUGAUAAGUGCCGCUGAAUUUCAUCCACAACAUUGUAACAUAUUUGCAUAUUCAACAAGUAAAGGUUCCAUUAAAUUAUGUGACAUGCGUGAAGCUGCAUUAUGUGAUCAUUAUUCGAAAAUAUUUCGUGAUACUAUCAAUGGUUCAGAUAAUUCAAAUUUUUUCCAUGAACUCAUCACUGUUAUAUCAGAUCUGAAAUUUACAAAUAGUGGUCGUUAUAUGAUUACACGUGAUUAUAUGACCGUAAAUGUUUGGGAUCUGAAUAUGGAACGAAAUCCAAUCGAAACAUAUGAAGUACAUGAAUAUUUACGUGGCCGUUUAGGUACACUUUAUGAGAAUGAAUAUAUAUUUGAUAAAUUUGAAUUUUCAUUAAGUGGAAACGAUAAUUAUAUAAUGACUGGAUCAUAUAAUUUUUUCAAAAUUAUCGACCGUAAUUCCGGACAAGAAUCAUUGUUUGAAAUUAAUAAAGAUGUUGUGAAACAAAAACAUUUACGUCCACAAAAAAUUACGACAACAACAACGACGACGGAUAGUUUUCGUAGAAAGCCAAAAAAAGAUGAAACAUUCGUAGACAAUAUUGAUCUAAAUCGACGUAUCUAUCAUACUGCUUGGAAUCCAAAUCAGAAUCUGAUUGCUGUUGCAUCUACAAAGAAUUUAUUUAUUUUUAAAUCAUGAUGAUUUAAAUUUUUGAUCUUGUUUUUUUUAAACAUUACAUUUACACACA